AUGAUACUCCGGGCCAUCGGAGAUCUCCCCGCAAUCAUCUGGGAGGUCCUGGCCGGCAUCGUAUGGGAAGGGUGGGUCUCCGUCACCAACCAGCUCCGUCUCCUUAUGGCGACCUACCCCCUGAUGGUCAUCCUUUACUUCUCCACCAGCGGCUUUGACUUCACCACCGCCAUCAGCACCUGCUGCGUCGUCUACCUGUACGCGUCCUUCUUGUACUACUUCCGCCUCAAGGAUCGGCUGCCGUGGGCCUGUCUCGCAGCAACCUUCAUCUGGUUCGACGGCCCGGACAGGCAGCUCAUGCGCCGCGCCGCCGUCGCCGUAUUCAUGCUGGCACGGGACAGCAACUGGCGCGUGGUGGUGGAAAAGAGAGUGCGGAGGCAGACGCUGCCCUGGCAGGACGGCAGCGGGUUCGAGUUCCUGUACAACUUCGAAGGGCGCGAACUGCUUCGGGACGUCUGCCUGUAUUGGGUUAACACGCUCUGCUCUUCCUUUGGCCGGCACCGCGUGCCCGACGAUUUCGCCCUGCGAACCUCCAUCAGGGCUAUGGACGUGCUGGUCUUGCCGAUUCUUGGGUUGAUCGACUGGGCUUGGCGGUACAGGCGGGCUCGGAAUAGCGUAGUAAUGGCCGAGAUGGAGAAGCGCAGGGUUGAGUUGCUUUGA